GCGAUGCAAACUGUGAUUGGUGAAAUGGGACGGCUUCCGAUUGGUUACCGGCGAGUGGCUUGGCUCUUCCUGUUCCGGCGCGCGCCGACCUUGCGGCCUGUGUCCCUAGAAGCACAGCCAUGGUGGCCUACUGGAGACAGGCCGGGCUCAGCUACAUCCGCUACUCCCAGAUCUGUGCCAAGGCUGUCAGGGCAGCGUUGAAGCCACAAUACAAAGCUGAGGCAGAGAGAGUUGCUGUGCGCCGC